AUGUCAUCAUCAUCAUCUACAAUACCGAAAUUUGAACGUAUACGUAAGCGACAAUUGUCGCCAGAUCAAGCACAUAUUCAAAUUCAAACGAAAAAAUCAUCAAUGUUUUCUAAAACAUUAUUGACACAUGAUGAUUAUGAAAAUAUAUAUAAGAAUAUGACAAUAUUAUUUGUCGGUGAAAAUUCAAUUAGAAUCUUGUACCGUGACUUAAUUAAAGUUAUAACAACUGGUAGAUUAUUAGAUUAUACAGAAGCAUCUUGUUGUAAUGGACAUUACAAAAUUGUUGAAGGUGAAACAAUUAUUAAAGCAGAAGGUUCAAUUGGUACUGUUGGUUAUAAAAAUAUUCGUAAAUUUAAAUCAAUUAAUAAUUCAAUUAAUAUCAUCUUCAUUUAUCUUCCUACUAUUAUGGAUUAUGAUUUAACAGUUGAUAAUUUACGCUAUUUACAAGACGAAAAACUUGAAAACAAAAUUGAUUUUAUUAUUUUUGGAUCAUAUGCUCAGGAUAUGACUAAAGAAAAAAUCAUUCAAUCUAAUUUGACAUACAAAGAGUAUGUUGAUAAAUAUCUCGUUUCAUUAGAUAGUGUUGCACGUUAUCUUAAAACUUUUUCUAAACAACAACAACAUCAAAAACGAGAACAACUCUUUUGGAUUUCUCCAUAUCCGUUUAAACCGGAUAUGUCACAUGAAGAAACAUGUGAAUUUGAACGAAUUAAUAAAGAAAUUGAUAAUAUUAUGAAAUUAAAUAUGUAUCAAAAAUAUGAUCGAUUUGAUUUAUUUGUUCGACGUCCAGAUCUUGUUAUUACAAGAAUAUCACAUUUUAGUUUACAUGGUGUUCGUGAAAUUAGUGAUUCAAUUGCAAGAACAAUAGGCCAACAAAUGAAUCGUUCUUUUACUCCUGCUAUACCUUUUCCAUCAACACCAUUAACAAAAAAAGAACAACAAUAA